AGAUGGACAGCCCAGCUCCUGUAAUGUUACAGUGACAUGGUUUUAGACUUACUGUGUGUUGGGUUAUUUUAAGCCCAAACGUUCAGUUCUCCCAAUGAAACAUUGAAGAGGAAGAAGAGCAGCAGUUGGUCACGCUCGCGGGUGUAGCAGCGUAACCACGGAAACUAAAACGUAAAGAGCACAAACGGUAGAAGGCGGGUUAACGUUACAUCCAUAGACCGUACGGUUAGAUCCCUUGCAUCUUACAUUGAUUGUAAAAGAAAUGGCUGCUGAUCACGCAAUGACGUCUGACAUGGGAAGCACCAGCAGAGGGGUUGAUACAUCUCCUCCCCGUGACUCAGAUGUAUUGAGUACGUCACAAACAGGAUAUGCUAAGAAGGAAUUUAUUAUGAUGCCACCUGAAGAAAAGCUCAAACACUUUGACAGCCGAGCUCAGGCCCAUGAGGGCAACCAAGAGUUUGAUGCUUGUAUCCAGGACCUGGUACGUUGUGUGGCUCUGACUAGGCUGGUAUAUGGAGAGGAACAUCUGAAACUAGCCCAGGCCCAUGCCAGACUGGCUAAAGCAUAUUUCCAGUUCAAAGGCUGGGGGCUGCAGGCCCAGGAAUACUCGGCCCUGGCCAGAGAGCUGCUGCCUUUCUGCACCUCCAUCUCCUCCUGCAGGGGUGAAAAGCUCGAGUUUCUCACGUGUCUCCUGAGCGUACACCUCACACAGGGAGGUGCCUCGCUGCUUACAGCCAAUCUUGAGGAGGCAGAAUCUUCUUUUGUGGAGGCAGAACAAGCUCUUGAGAAGCUUUAUCAACAUGAUGGCAUCAACCAGGAAGAGAAGAUAAAGACUGAGCUGGAAAUCUCCACAUCACUAUCCAGAGUCUAUAAGAGACAGAACAGACCAGAUGAGGCUUUAAGCCAGUGUGAGAGGUCUCUGCAACUGCUGAGGGACUGUGGUCAGCUAGAGAAGACAUGCUCUGUCUAUAGGGACAUGGCCGCCAUUGAACAGGACAAAGGUCAUUUGGACCGAGCCAUAGAGCAUCUCUCCAAGGCUCAUGCCAUUGCUAUGAGUCACAGCCUAGAGAAGCUAGAGGGGGCUCAGAUCUCCCACAGACUGGCCCUCAUCCUGUGUGCUGCAGCAGAGCCCCAUCACAAUGAUUCUGCAGGUCAAUACUUUGAGCAGAGUCUAAGUGCAUACAAAAACUCUGCAGGUGCACAGGAUCCAGCGUUUCUCGCUACCCAGGAUGAUUUCUGUCGUUUCCUCCUCCUCAAUGGCCAGCAAGAGAGAUGUGUGGAGAUCCAGAGAGCUUCUCUUGCUACAAAGAGAUCGACGUUCGGUGACCUGAGUGCUGAGGUAGCAGACACCCUUCAGCUGAUAGGAAGUGUGGAGAUGACUGAGGGCAAGAUGAAGCAGGCCCACCGGACCAUGACAAGGUGCCUGGAGAUCCACAGUUUGCUAUACGGUCCUCAGCACAAGAAGACAAAGGCUACCCAAAAAGCUGUGGACAUGCUGGCCCGAGCACCGGAGGUGGCUGAGAGUCAACAGAGGCAAGGUAGAAGGAAAACAAAACCUCACACACUUUCAGUUGUACCAUCCAGGGGCAAUGAUGGAAACUCUAUGUUGGACUCUUGAAAUGUUCUUUCUUUAUUUUGUCACUACAAUAACCUUGCAGGUGUGGACCAAUAACUACUGACAUAUAGUUUUUUAAAGAAAUAUGUUUGUCUGUUAAAUCCACUGGCGGUACAUGAUUUUGUGCAUUAGCUGAAAUGAGUUAGCUUUGAAAAAAUACUCACACUCAGAAAACAUACACACAAUAGGUUUUAAUUGUGUUAAGAUAUGAAUUACUUUCCAAACACAGGCUUGAACCUUUUUAAGCAAAGCAAUAAUGUCAUUUGUUCAAAAGAAAUCAUUAUGUCAAUAAAAGCAAUGAUGUUGGUUUGUCCAUGUUGGCAAACGCUUA